AUGACUAAUCCUCGCCACUCCUACCUCAUUGUUGGCGCCGGCGUCUUUGGCGUUUCCACAGCCUAUCACCUCAUCAAGAGAUACCCUGACGCUUCUGUAACGAUCAUUGAUCGCGAUGCGUACGAUGCUGACAGCCGUGUCGCUGCUUCGUGGGACUGGAACAAGGUAGUGCGGGCCGACUACGACGAUAUUGUCUACUGCCAACUGGCUCUCGAAGCGCAGGACAUCUUCAACUCGGAUCCGCUAUGGAAGCCAUAUUUCCACCAGACUGGCAUCUACUGGAUCUGCCGGAGUGACUAUGCCCAGGAUGUUAUCGACAACUACAAGAAGCUUGGCAGAAAGGCAGAUCUGUCUGCAGUUCCCAUCGAGGAAGCUCGCAAGCUUUAUGACGGACUGUUCGACGAUGCCGAUUACGCUGGCGUCAAGGAAGUGCUGGUCAACAAGACGAGUGGAUGGGCGGCUGCUGGCGACUGCUUGCGAGCUGUGACAAAGCACGCCAUAGAACUAGGAGUGAAGUACGUCGUCGCGGACGUGGAGACACUUGUCUUCGAGCAAGGUCGCUGCAUCGGAGUGAAGGCGACAACCGGAGAGCUUGUUGGAGCAUCCCAUGUAAUCCUCAGCUCGGGAGCCUACACACCAAAACUGCUGGAGUUGAGCGCAAAGAGCAGCGGUAUUCCAGAACUUUCGGCCGACGGCCGAAUUGUCGCUGGCGGUAUUACGACGGGCAUGACGAAGCUAGACGACAAGACUUACGAUACAUACGCGAAGAUGCCAGUUGGCGUACAGGGAUAUACUGCCAAACAAGGUCCCUUCAUUGGAAGCCUUCCGCCAACUCCUGACAGAGAGCUUAAAUGGUGGGGGCAGACAAUCUUCAGAAAUGUCAGAGAGAUUCUCCCUGGACGAUGGCUCUCUGCUCCUCCCGCUGAGCCAGACUACGCGCAGUGGCAGGUGUCCGAGAAGCUGAAGGAAGAUAUCACAUACGCCAACAGCGUUUUCUAUGGCAAGAAGAGCGCAGACUGGAAAAUGGAGAAGCACCGGAUUUGCUGGGAUGCAUUCACGACCAGCGCAGACUUCAUCAUCUCCCCACACUCGGCCGCAAAGGGCCUGUUCGUGGCUACAUGCGGCAAUUUCCAUGGCUAUAAAUUCUUCCCCGUGCUAGGAAAAUACAUUGUGCAAAUGUUGGAAGGCACGUUGGAUGCCAAUCUCGCACAGAAAUGGGCAUGGGAUCGAGUGCGGCCUGACUCUGCACUCAACCCAGAUUAUCCCCGAGCAGAGAUGAGGGACCUGUUGGACCGCACGCGGGUAGCGAAGCUGUAA